ACAUAAUUAUUUUAAUAGCCCAACAUAAAAUUAUUUUCUGAUCUGUAUCUAGUUAAAUUUUUAGAUGCUGCAGUAAAAUUGUUCUUUUCGUGUAUGAGAAUCUCUACAUUGGAAAUUGAUAAGAAUGAGUGAUAACGAUGCAAAGUAGAAUGCUUCGGGGGUUUUCGUAUGGUAUCCUUAAAGGAAGUCAGAUUCUGUGUGUUGUAUGCAUAAAUUUUGCUGGUAAUGCUCAACAAUGGCUCGGCAAUAGAACAUCUAGCCGCGUCUUUCGAGGCGAUCGAAGUUCAACCAGCUAGCUUCGUAUUCAGAUCUCAAGGAAGGUGGUAAGGUAACCACCCUAUGGCAGAGCAUUUUCUGCUUUAGUAGUGGCAGCACGUAGGUGGUUUCGUAGUGGGGAGGCUUCGAAGGCUUAAAAGGCCUUCCAACGUCCUUGUAACACGCAGUCUUGGAAUCAAACAUACUAGUAUUCCGCGUAAGUGGAUCGAAAGUGUGAAGAAUAAUCUCACCUAACUUUGUCGUCACGGGUUCGUCCGGUUAGACUUUCCUGAGUGAUCUGAUGUAGCGUAAACCGAAAUUAAUUUAUUGGGAAGACAAGGAAGAAAUAAAUUGGGGUGAUAGUUAUCGAUAUAAAAAAAUAAAAAAAUCUUAGAAAGUGAUUUUUUUCUCGCGAGUUAGCCCUUUGCUUGGACUUGUGAUUAGUGACUUGUGUAUGAUUAGUGAUUAUACACAAGUGAUAAUAAUUAAAUUAUUUGCGUAACAAUUGAAAAGUUAUGAGAAUGGGAUUUCGAAUAGUUUUGUCCAUCGUGUUGGCCAUAUCUAUCUUUUCGCCACCGAUGUCCGGUGCUCUCACAACUUUUGGGAAGAGCCCACAAAAUCCACCACCGCCACCUGCACCUACAAUUACAGCUAGUAGUGCUCGCGAGUGUAAGACGAAUAGCGACUGUGCUGCAAUUCAAAAUACGACGUGUAUGUCAGAUCAACGGGAUGGAAAAACACGAUGUCUCUGCGGCGAUUACUCGCCACCAAAGAAUGGUGUUUGCAAUAAUAAAUUUAAAGCACUUCAUGCAACUUGUAAUUCUGAUAUAGAAUGCUUAGAAAAUGCUCAAUGUGUGCGUCAAAAUGGCACAUCGGGAAGACGCUGUUAUUGCCGAGAAGGAUAUUUUGAAGAUUUUCCAUUUUAUUGUAACGGUUGUUCCUCCAUCUUCACGUUGUAUACGACGACUCUUCUGGCUGCUUCGCUUAUGCUUGGAUUUAGCUGCAUCUAAAAUAUUUAAACUUAUAAAAAAUUAUCUUGAUAACUUCUGAGUCUGAUAACCCACAGUAAGAAAACAUUAUAAUUCUUCGAAUCAACGAAUCAAAGGAGAAAAGUCGCCUUAAAAAUACACUUAUCUAUAAAAGUGUCCAUUUAGUUUAAUGAAAGCGUUUAAAUAAGAUGUACGUACGAAUAUGUUCGAAUGGUAAUGCACAUUUAUGUGUCAAAUAACUAUGAACUACGAAAGAACCUUCACCGAAUAUAAAGUAUGUCAGUAACGACUCACUUUUUCUUGAUAACUCUCUUCAAAUUCUUUAGAAAAAUGGUUUUCUUUAAAGGGAAUUUAUUUGUUCUCCAUCCUAUCAGCAAAUUUCGAACAAACAAUUGUAUGAAUAAUAGAAUGUUUCCGUAUCUUGGGUAAAACGUUUAAAUUUUAUAAAACUAUUAAUAUGAAACACAAUAGAAAAAUGAUUAAUUUCUUCACACUGAAAUAAUCGUCAUUAUUUUUAUUUUAUUCGUAAUUCAAGGCAAACAAUUUCUGGAACAGUUUUAGGUAGGAAAUGCAUAUGCAUUAUAUGUUACAAAUAUACGUUUAAUAAAGUUUAGUAUUUUCUUUUAGGAUUUCCUUUUAGACUUGGGAAAUUAUCUUCAUACUUUCAAUCAUUUUAUAACUGAUGUAUUAGUUUAUAAUCGAUUCUUAUAAACCUUAUAACAAUUAGCAAGAAAAUAUAAAAUAUCGUAUUUAAGUUGGGAGAAUAAAUUUAAAUAUUUUCGAAGUUAUUUCUCUACGAAAACAAUGAGUGAUUCAGAACUUUCAGUUGUGUUUAAUUUUAUAAUUUUGCGAAAAUAAACAAUUUCGCCACUAAAUAAAUUUUAUUGAAAUGUUGCAUUAAUUGUGACUUAUUCUAUUGACAACGUAAUUUAAUUAAUCAAUUUGCAGCUUAAACUCGUAAUACAAAAUGAAUCUUAAUUCUGAAUCAUCUCGUCUAAAUCAAUAGUCAAUCAAUCGUAACAUAAUAGCGAAUUCGAUUGGACUGCACUAGUGCACACUGAUGCACAUAAAAGCCGCUAUACAUUAAUUUAAUUGCAGUGUAAAAAUGGCAUAUUAGAAGUCACAUAUCUUUAUGUAAAUUUAUGUACGAUGGCUUUAAUGUGCGCCAAUGCGCACUAAUGCGUCCAAUCGAAUUCGCUUAGCAAUCCUUCGUACUCGUCAAUAUUCUUAGUAGUUUUAAAAUUAUUACAAUUAGAAAAAGUUGUUACAAUAGUAAUUAAACUAGGAUAAACAUUAAAUUCAUUAUUUUAUACAAAUUUUUUCGUUUGUUGUACAAUCAUAAUCUGCCAUUUUAUGACAGACUACGAUCGUGCAUACAUGUACUUUAAUACGAUCAUACUACAAUAUUAUGAUAUUUUUAUUCUUUGUAAUAAUCAUAACACGAGUGCGAAAGACUAAAACAAUAUAUAAUAUUAAUGUAUUUUAAAUGAAAUUUAUUAUUAGAAUGUUGAAUUUAACUAUUUUUAGAAUCUGAUAUAAUAGAAGUAAUGCUUUGAUAGUAAAUUUUUGCAACGUACAUGAUUAAGCUUCGUAUUUCAACACUCAAAAAUAAAAGCAUUCAUAAAGAUUGCACGUAUUGUAAUAUAUUAAAAUAUGACAUACCUAGAGUAAUUGAAUUUUAUGUCAUAUUUUCCUCAAUGCACGAAGUAUACGAUAAAAACAAAUUUACAGAAUGAUAAAAUUCUCACAAAAUUUUACAAAUACUUCAGAAUUCUGAAUUCUAAAAUUCAGAAUAUCAAUUUGAUGAAUACGCUACAUCAAAAGAAAUUCUUUUAAAAAAUAUAAACUUUUGUCAAUUAUAAAUAUAAUCAAUAUCUGAAUUAUUAAAAUAUUGAGUCGGAACAAAAGUUUGUAUCGGUUUUCAAUAGACCUGUUGAUAAUAACUAUAUUAUACUCUAAUUAAAAAUAUUUCACGUUAAACGACACGAAACAUCGCAGAAAUAUUCUAUAUAUCUCUAUAUACAUUUGUACAUAAAUCUAUGUACAAAUAUUUAAACAUUGUCUUUAAAUUUUAAAAAAACGCUACAAAUUUUUGUUCCGACCUAAUAACUGCACCCAAUAAGUAAUAUUCAUAUUUAUUUACUAUUGUACAUUUAAUAAUUAGAUUAGUCGCCGUUUAAUUUAUUAUUAGUGUAAGUAUCUUUUGUAAAAUUUGUAAUGUGAUAAUAAUCAAGAAAUGUAGUAUUAGCAAUUAAUUUCACUCUAAUGUCAUUUUAUGUAUUUGGAUAUUUCUUGCACAAAUAAAUUCUUGAACCUUU